AGAGCCGAAGAUGUCGGCUCGGUCAUGUGAUCAGCUGUGUCCAAUCACAGCUGAUCACAUCAGUGCCACCUGUCAAUGUCCAUCAAUGCCAGCUCUGUGCUCAUCCAUGCCACCUGCCAGUGCCCAUCAGUGCCACAUUUCAGUGCCCAUCAGUGCCACAUCAAUGCCACAUAUCAGUGCCCAUCUGAGCUGCCUUUCAGUGUCACCCAUCAGUGCCAGUCACUACCACCUAUCAAUGCCAGUCAGUGCCACCUAUCAGUGCCUGUCAGUGCUGCCUAUCAGUGCCGCCUAACAGUGCCAGUCAGUGCCGCCUAUCAGUGCCACCUAUCAGUGCCCACCUAUCAGUGCCAUAUAUGAGUGCUGCCUUUCAGUGCCCAUCAGUGAUGCCUGUCAAUGCCCAUCAGUG